AUGACUGCCAUCCUGGCAUUCACCCCGAGCAAACGGCGGGCUGACGAGAUGUGCAUGGACGCUACCAUCCAAGCCCCUGCGCUUUUUGCUUCGGCACCCAUUAUCCGCUUACCUCCAGAGGUUAGUCUGAGUGUCGUCUUUUGCAGCUCAAAAAAUGCAGACCUUGAUCGGUCAGGCUAAUCCUUCCGCUGCUUGGCUCAGCUGCUGGACCUCAUCCUGGUCAGCCUCGACGCGCAUUCUCUGCUGGCUCUGCACUUGACGUGCAAGCGGUUCCAGAGCCACAUUGCAUCUGCAACGCAUCUCUGGAAGCUGCUCUACGAUUCGAGGUGGGAUACACCCGAUGGUGAGCGCACAUUGCUCUACCCCUACAUCGGUCAUCCCUUGGACACCGCCGUCGCAGAGGCUUCAUCGCACCAUGACGAUGCGCCAUCUCGCGCAAAGAACAAAGGCAAGACAAAGGCUAAAAUCAUAUGCGAGCAAGGCAAUGUCCGGCCCACUAUUUCCAUACAGAAAAGCCUCCGCUCGCAUUUGCGGCACGAGUUCAGACCGGACGAGCAAGCCAAGCGAUUUGCGCGUGCUGCAGCGCUGGUGCGAAUGGGAGCAGAAUGCGAACUCAUCAUGGUGCGUUUCGUUUCGCUAGCUAAGUCGUGGUCUCGAGCACAUUUGUCUGCAGUCUUACACAUCCAUCCUUGUGUCAUGGACUUUGUUGGGUUCCAUGUUCGCUCAGCUCGCCAAUCAGGCCGAAGUGUGUCGCACGCUGCUUGCUGCUCUGCACUCACGCACCUUGAGGUGCAAUCGCGCCAACAGCAUUUUGCCACCCAGUCGCGCCUCCCAAACCCUCACCAGACUCUUCGACGACACGCCUGCUGGACGCAGAGCGUUUUCCGUCUGGAUAUAUCCUCGGACUGCUUGUGCUCAGGUCGCUGAAUGGCAGCGACAGCAACACAAUACGGGCAUCGUUGGACAGCGUGGCCACGUCAUGCAGGAAUCGAUUCUGGACGGCCAAUUCAGCAGCGCUAGCGUAGCAGAGCCGCUCUUCAAGAAGAACUACAAGGCCAACGCCUCGAAGGGGUCACGUUCCACCGCGGCCUUUCGAGGCGGCGAUCGCCGUUCGGCUCGUCUUCGGCAUGCCAAUACGCCCCAACACUUGAGGUUCAUCUUUGAAAAGGCUACGAAUUUGGGAGGCGCUUACAAACGCGCUUUGCCCACUUCGCUGGAAGAGAUCCCACCUGUGGACGAGGAGCUCGCAGCCGAAUUGCAUUGUCACUACGGCCCGCGAGAGAUGCUCGACGACGUCUUCACCCAAAGUCUGGCGCACAAGCUGCCUAACCGUGGUGAUUCGCACCCACGUAUGAAUCGGAAAGGGACACUGCGGAGCGUGCACAGGCGCAGUGAGGCUCAGUGCAAGCUUUUGCGCGCGAUUGGAAGCAGCGUGGAGCACGCCGCAGGAGCUUUCGUUGACCCUGAAUCCAGCUCAGAGCUCGAAGAUGAGGAAGCUGACCUGAUCUCGGACCCUCGACUGUGGUAUCCCGCCAACACUCUCACUGGACACGCAGCAAGCCUUGGCAGCACACAAGGGCCAUCCGGCGACGUUCUUCUGCGCGCUGCGGCUAAAAGAAUCGUUUAUGGUGCGUCGCAUUGUUUCUUGCAACGUGAUAGAAGCUGGUCUGAGAGGCGUUACGCUGACCGACCUGCAAACAGAUACCGCUCGGUGGGGAACUUCGAAUGGCUGGGUGAGCGCUCGAAAGGCAAUGGACGCAAAACACUAGCUACCUGAGUGCUCACAGACUACCAGAUCGUCUCCCAGGGUCCCUUCCAUGCCUUCGAUCAAUCGGGUGACGCAGAGGAUAAUUUGCCGGCCAGUGUAAGGCAUCUCGACCCUCUUCUCUGCGAGACGGAACGAAACGAAUGUCAAUCGCGGAUCCACAAGCGGGAAGACCCCACCACACCCCCCAUCCUUUCCUCUUCCCUCCCAGAACUUCCACACUACAAGUAUGACCCUCAGCUCUCGCCCUCCGCGAAUGAUGUCAUGCGCCGUUUCCAGAUCGCGACGUGCUGCGCACCAACUUGGGUCGAAUCACAGCUACCAUCCUUCCUUGCCAGCCUCACAACAGUCAAGAAAAGACUGUCAUGCAAUCCUGACGCAUCAUACAGGUGGCUGCAAGAUCAUCUAUCUCGGUACAUGCAAUCCGAGCCUGCAGAACACGUGUUCCGAUCUCCCGAUGUCGUUCUCUUGCAACGCUACCUUUUUGGCGAGACCGCUGCGACCGGGCGCAAACGAAGCAGCUUCAACCUCACCUCUAGUGUUGCACCAGAGAGCGACGUGGAAGAGGGGGCGGAAAUUUCGUCUGCGACAUCGACUGAUGCCUCCGGCGACGAUGAGCAUAAUCUGGGCAAUUCGAGCUCCGAGUUGAGCACUGACGGCAUCCUCGAAAUCAUCAGCUUUGACUCCAGUCAAGGCAGUCCCUUUCCCAUUGACCAGCCUGAAGACCACAUCGCCGGCGCAGCACAAGCCGAUGACGAUGUGCUCUUCUUGUCCGAAGAUGAAAGCGACGAAGAUUUCACUUCAGAAACGUCGGAUUACGAAGGCAUCUUCUCGUUGAUGGAAGGGGAUGAAUUUGGGAGAGACUCAAUGGAAUUUCGUUUGAGGUUGCUCAUAGGGCAAGCACAAGGCGGUCUUGCGAGAAGAGAAAUGCGUAAUGCAAAGCUACGCAGAUUGCUACAUCCCGUUCCCCAUGAAAAGACCGUCAAUUGGCUUGCACUCGAAGCAAUACAGACUGUGGUGCGUACAACAUUCGAUCUGCUCCUUCGCCUAACUUCUCGCUCAAACGUGUUGCGUCUUCACAGAUGCGAUGUAACAUUCUGCACGCUCGGCAAGUUCAUCACUGGGGAGUCGCUUUUGCAUCAGCAACUGCCGGUCCGCGUUCUCUCAAUCCACAGCUUGGUGCCCCGUCGCAUGAUGACUUUGUGGACCCUGAGCACGCCAGGAACAGGACUUCGCACCUCCUUUUACCUCCCUGGGGAUGGGCACACUCGCGAGGCGAGAGACCGCAGCCUCAAGAUCUUGAGUCUCCUGACUCGCACGACUGGGCCCACAUUGAAGGUGAGAAGCCCAUCGACGUCUCGCUGCCCUCCCUUUCGCUCAUCGCCUAUGCGUCCGAACCCGUCUCGCAGGUGUUUGGAUCGGAACGUGAGUGCAGAAAGCGACACGUGACCACAUGACACCGAGACGCAGGUAUGCGAGUUCUGCGCUGAUCACUUUUCUAUGCAGCUAUGCAUUCCUGGACUUCAGCGAUUGGCUAGCGUACAAUGGCCUCGUCGCUGCGCAGCGAGGCCACACGGCAGGCCCUCAUGAUCAUCAACAGUACAGCAACCCCCCUAAGCUGACCCACGUGCACGAAGCGGUAGGGUGAGUGGCUAUCCUUCGUACCUUUCACCACUCACCUCGCUUAACGACCCACACUCCAAACACGCGCCGCCAGAGACUUUUUGGAGCUUCGAUUAAGGCUACUCAGUGCCGUCGAGAAGAGCACCAGAGCAGACUUGGUGGAUGUCAGCAGUGAAUAUCAAGAUCCUGACUAUCCCCCUCUGCACUUUGAAGGUGCCACGCACCAUUACAUGCUCGAAGAAGAGGACGGCGACGUGAGCGGAGGAGCUACUAGAAGAGGCCGAGUCCACGGCGUCGCUCGCCCGGUAUUUGCGUCUUCAGGUGACAAGUCCGUUGGACAAAGAAGAGCCAUUGCUGCCAUUCAUAUGACCUUCACCCAUAGCUACGACGGCGAGGAGUGAGUCAAGCCUUGACAUCACUGGAACACCCAUGGCACUACAGCUUACUUGCGUUCGUUUUUUUAGGAGGUGGAAACUCGAGGGCGUUCAGGCCGGACCUCCUGGUUCCCGCGCCGCCGUGUAUGGAAUUUGGACCGACGCAAACAGGGGAGCUAUUCAAGAAGUGCUUCGACGUAAGUCGACACGUGUAGAGACAGUAUGCAGAUCGCUCUCGACUUGCGCUGAAUGCCCGUACCUCUCAGCAACCGAUCCAUGCGGACCCUGGACCUAUUGGCGCGUUGAUGAGCGGAAAUGGAAAGGUGAUUUAGAAUCGUGGUCACGCACUUGAAGCCUUCUGACGCGAACUACGCCCCUCACUCAGACGUGCUUGAAGAAUUGCAGCAACGUAGACAAGCUUCAUCUGAGGCGUCAUGA